AUGUCACAGUAUACUAUUCCGGAUCGCCUUUUCUCACAGGCUGCCAUCCAAUACUGUGGUUUCAACCAAAUUCAGGCUGCUCGUCUUUGGGAGAGGUGGGAGGGUAUCCAGCGUGAGCCUGAUGACCAUCCCGCUAAAGUCGAGUGCACCUUUCUGGAAAUUUUGACGUGCUUCAUCAAUGACAGCAACGACGUUUGGAUUGGCGAUGAUACAGUCUGGAUUCGAUGCAUGGAACAUUGGGGCAUCGCAACUGAGAUGCAAGAUGCCAUCAUGGAUCAGCGAUUUAAGCGACUUCGAAUGACCCGUACUUGCGUGCAAUGGAUCCAUAAUACUAUCGAACUGCGAUAUACGGGACUGGAACAUUUCUUGCAGUUCUCUAGCUGUAAGGCUUUGUGCUGCGAUCAUAGCUCAAAUUUGGGCCUCGAUCAGAAGCCGCAGGGUGGUAUUCAAGACACGCAUCGCAAAUUUCCGUCAGACUACUCGGGAGAGACUCUCUCGCCUGCUGUGGACGUCGCUUUCCCCGGGAUGACUGCACUGUACAAGGCUACUAGUGAGCCACGGGUAUGCUCCAGGAUAUUGAACCCUUUUCUGGAUUCCGAGGGCAAUUUGGAGAGGGUUGAGGCUCUCGAUACGCCCCCUCCGAGUGACUUCAGCGCCCUAUCAUCAACGCCCUACUUUGGGACUUCUCUCCAGACCGCGCAUGUUCACGCUGCCUACCUAAAAAGACGCGACAAUCGCUGUCAGGAAGUUGCUGUGGUCCGGCUUUGUAUCCCAAACGCCGCUUUCCAAAGUCUGAACAGCACCCAGAUCGUCCAAGCUCAUUUCCCUAGCGAUGACUGGAAGAAACUUGUUUGGCACUCUAAGAGAUCUCUGUCAAAUAAAGAGCUUCUCAGAUUCAGGAGGGCCACUGUUGUUGUUGGAAGCGUUGCUGGCAAGCCUGGCAAGGCAUUUCAGAAGCUUGAAUCAUGGAAAGAUAUCACCGAGGAACAUGUGUCGACCAUUGGCACCUAUAAGGAUGGCGAACCUGAUGUCCAAUAUGGUUUCAUCAGUGACGAUGGAAGUGAUUUUUUGGAAGCACAUGCUACUGAUAUCAAGGUACUGCCUUAUUCGAACGAGCAAUAUUUGGAAUGGAUGGCGGAACACAAGCCCGAGUAA